AUGGAUGACGGCGGGAAUCGGAAGAAGCUGCUGCUGAUGGGCCGUUCCGGGUCCGGGAAGUCGAGCAUGCGGUCCAUCAUCUUCAGCAACUACAGUGCGUUUGACACCCGCCGGCUGGGUGUCACGAUGGAUGUGGAGCACUCGCACCUGCGGUUUCUGGGGAACAUGACGCUGAACCUGUGGGACUGCGGGGGCCAGGACGUGUUCAUGGAGAACUACUUCAGCAAGCAGAAGGACCACAUAUUCCAGAUGGUGCAGGUGCUGAUCCACGUAUUCGACGUGGAGUCCCAGGAGGUGAUGAAGGACAUCGAGAUCUUCACGCGGGCGCUUAGACAGCUGCGGAAGUACAGCCCCGACGCGAAGAUCUUCGUGCUGCUGCACAAGAUGGACCUGGUGCAGCUGGACAAGCGCGAGGAGCUGUUCCGGCUGAUGAUGAAGAAGCUGAAGGAGACCUCCGCGGACUACGGGUUCCCGGACCUCGUGGGCUUCGCAACGUCCAUCUGGGACGAGAGCCUGUACCGCGCGUGGUCGCAGAUCGUGUGCUCGCUGAUACCGAACAUGUCCGUGCACCAGUCGAACCUCAAGAAGCUGAAGCAGGUGAUGGACGCCUACGAGAUCAUCCUGUUCGAGAAGACCACUUGUCUCGUGAUAUGCUCCAGCAACGACCCCGGCUCUGCAACUACAACAACAACAACUACAAGUGCCCCAACAAGUACGACCAUCGACAAGCUCGACCCCAAACGGUUCGAGAAGAUCAGCAGCAUCAUGAAGAACUACAAGGAGAGCUGCACCAAGCUCAAGAGCGGGUUCAAGAACCUGGUGCUGAACGACAACAUAUACGUGAGCGAGCUGUCCUCCAACAUGGUCUGCUUCAUAGUGCUCAACAACUCCAACGAGUCGCACCAGCUGGUGUCCGAAAACAUAAAGAAGGCCAGCCAGUUCUUCGAGUAG